AUGUCGCAGAUACUCCCUUAUCAGCUGGAACCAGAGCACUCAUCAACCGACGAAAGAAGCGAAAGUGAGGAAAAAGACGACGAUUCUGUUGUUUCAAAUGCAGAUACGAGCGAUCGCCGUUUGAACACGUCUUGGUGCCUUUGCGAACGGUGCGCUAUUAUGCUGACUGAAUUUGAAUCUAUUUGCAGCAAAGAGCCGGCAUUUUUAUCGAAAUUGAUUGAAGGUUUGUCUUGCAUUACCGAGCACGGUAGUUUCCUGUCUGUAUGCCUUAACAGGGAUGUUUUGUGGACAGCGUUGGUCAGUCUCCAUGAUCGAGAAAGUGCUGUUCUUCCUGAUAGGCUGCAAGUAUGCAACAGGUCAUUGAGAUAUGCUGCAUACAGACAGUUUACCUGGUGGGUCCAUGGCUAUCUUGGAAAGAACAUUCGGCGUGUGAUACCAUCUUGUACAGUCAAGAAAAUUAGAGCUGAAUUUCCUGCACAAGAUGGUGCAUACGCAGGAUACAUAACAGGAGAGGAGGAUGACAGUGCCUUUGAUGGUGAGAUGGAAGAAGCAUGGAGAGAUUUUCUAAAUAUCUAAAACGGACUUUAAAAUUUAUCUGUUCAAAUAAUGUAUUUGUCAGGGAAUUAUAGGGUUUCAAACAGAAUGAAGACGUGUCAAACAAUAUUGAUUUGUAUAUUUAUAUCUAUAUAUAUUUACUUCCCUGACUAGUGAAGUACAGGACUGUUGUAGGUAACUGA